GUAGGUGCAGUAGAUGUUGGAUGGUGCACACUGCACCAGCAUUGAUUUUGGGAUAAAAAAAUCAUAUCAAUAACUUUUUUUGAUAAAUUGGAAAUUGUUUAUUGUUAUGAAAAAAUGCCUUGUCCGAUCCUGAUCCUCAAUCCAUAGGUACCAGCAUUUGUAUGCUCAUCAAUUCUCACCUCCUAAGCAACUUUUGUUUGUAUAAUGUGUGCCAAAUUUGUCUACCAGAGCCUCAUCCGGGGUCCUGUUUCACAGCACCACGCUAGGUACAGUGUGGUACAGUGUGGUACAUGUAUCACUGUAUUUGGUUUUCACGGAAACAACAAUCUUGGAGCUUUAACAUUUCAAGUCGGAGUUUGUUGAUGUUUCCAAUGAAACCCAAUACAAUAUGUGUAGUAGGUAUGCUUUAGCAUCAUGCCAUGAAAAAUGGCCCAGAAUUCCAGCUUUUGGUUGGGAUAAGGGAGGAGAGUAGUGUUGGUGAGAUGUGGAAUCAGAGGGAGUGAUGGGAACCAUCUUUUGAAGUGAGAGGAGGUUAAAGGAACUUAGAAGAAGUUGGAGGAACCACUGGAACAUACACAUCCGGCAUGUUAAGAUAGGUAUAUGCACAGUGUAGGUAUAUAUAUAUAGGUAUAUUACAGGUCUGGAUGGUAGUUGUUUUAUGUAACUAAUCAUACUGUAACUCAUAGGCGUCGCCAGAGAUUUUCGGUUGGGGGGGCAAAAUCAACUUUUGUGUUAAAACUUGCCUGUCCCCAGUCUUUACUCACUCGUUUUACAUAUCAUUCGACGCGCAAUGGUGCGAGGAAUCAGAUGGUGAUAAAGGUUUCCUUCUAGCUAUGACAUGUAAUUUUUUACAGAAAAAUUCGAAAUUUUGAAAUUUCAUGACAACGACUGGUAGAAUGAUACUAUAUAGUGGCUGCGAUUGCCGACGCACUGCAGAGGGCCCCUGUGCAGACGCUCGACGCUCAUGAUCAUUACCCAGAAAAAGGUGAAAAACGCUCCAUUUAAUCGGAUCACCCUGCUUAAACCUCCAUUCACGCAUGCAUGCAGAGGUUUUACGUGAAAUGCAUAGGACUUAUCCCAGCCGCCGAUCGUAGCUAAGUUGGGCAUUCGGCGGAGAGUGAGUGUCGGAAGUGUGAAUCGGAAGUAAUUCAUCUUUGCUCCAGUGUGAGAGGAAGUGUUUUGUUCACUCGAGUGUGAGCAACAGUUUCUCGUUUUUCGUGUGAAGGGAAGCGCUGCAAACGCGAACAAAAACUGUUAAACGGAACCAAAAGUUACGCACGGCAUAGCGGCAAGGGAUCCCUUAGAGAUAGGUUUGGGACUUCCAGGCCAUUUCAGGCCAAUCAGGGUCAGUGCUGACUCUCAGAAGCAUGCUUAGGAUCCCGGAGAUCGGCGUGGGUGACCUCAAAUAUUUACGUGUACCUACGUGGUGCUUUAGGGCUUUCCGAGCCCAAGGUGGGACCCUCAGAAGCCAGUGUGGGCGGCGGGCGCUAAGAGACUAGACCCAGGGUGAGCCUGGAGCCCUCAGAUAACAGUGUGAACCCUCAGGGUCUGUGUCGAAUCCUUAAGGACCCUACGUAGGGAUAUAAUAAACAUGUGUUGUUGACCUCAGAGGGACACGUGAGCUGUGACCUCUCAGAUGCCGGCUUGGGGUUAGCAAAGUAUGUCGCCUCAAAAGUUUGGCUGAACUAUCAGAGGCCAGUUAAGGUUCUCAGAAAUGUUCGAAGGCUCAAAGAUCCCUGUAUGGGCCCUCAGAAAACAUGGACACCAGUGGGACUUUCAGAGGCCGGUUUGGGCCCUCUGAAAGCUUCUUUAGGGCUCAGUGGAGCUCCUUAGGAGCCUUUGUUUAAAGCAAGCUCAUGAGCCCUGCGACACUUGUACGGUACUUGAGCCUGUCGCAGACAUUUGACGAGAGUUGAGAAAGGCCUCGAAGAUUUCGUUUCACGCUCUGAACGAAAAUUGUGUCAGCACUCCAAAACUUAUGAAAAUCAGCUGUAAAAUAUAAUAAAGAACGAACUAGGAACAUGGAAUGAAUCACAGCAUCGACAUUUCCGAGUCUGGACUCGGAGUCUUGAAGAUUUUGGCGACUGCGAGUCAGACUCUGGUUUGAACUGCACGCUCCAACCGAGUCUGACCUCACAGGCAUUCUCAGAAAGGUACCCCCAUUUUUUCCCGCCUCCAAAAUCUCAUCGGAUCUGUAUCGAUCUCAGGGGGUGCCCGGUCCGAGGUUGGGGGGGGGGGCAAGCUGCCCCACUUGCCCCCCGUGGCGACGCUAAUGCUGUAACUACUAUAAAUGUUUGGUAUAUACAUCUAUGGUAUAUAUUAUAGCUUUGAUGGUAGAGAUUUCAACUCCAGGUGGUGAGUGAAGCCUUAGAACCUGAGAGACUAGAUCUGCAACUGAUGCUGAAUUGCUGAAUUUCUGUAAGAAACCAUCCCACCUUUAAAUAUGAUAAAAUAGCCAAAAAGUGUUGUUGCAAUACAAUCCCAGUGAAUUCCGAUAAAGUUUUUUACCUACAAACAUAAACCUGGGAAAAAUAUGACUCUAAAACAGCACAUAUGUAAGAGACCUUUAUUUAUUAUCAUGUGGAAUUUUUUGCUGAAAUAUUUCCAUUCAAUGAGACAGGAUUAAAAGAGUGCACAUGAGUGUUGCUUCUGUGUCUGUGGGAUGUGACAUUUCACAAAAAAAAAACAGCAAUGAGUAUAGGCGGCGGAACGGGGAGGGCACGGGGGCACCGUGCCCCCUUUGAUUUUUGCAUUCUAACAUUAGCCCUAUGGGCGUUGCAUGGAAAGAAUGGGACCAAAAGUCGGAAGUGCCUUAGACUACUCCCACACUACACUACUCCCUGCCGCUACUGACAGUGAGUAGUGUAGGCUGUAGCCCGUAGGUACUGUGAACAUGUUGCGUUGAUUUACAUUGGGUGUCAUCUGGUAUUGAAACAGGAUCCAGACAGUGAAUUGGUGACCUCUGAUCACGGCUGGCCAUGGCUGACGAGGGAGACUUCGAUGGCGACAACGCCGGCGACGACUUCGAGGAUGCCGACGACGCCGGCGACGAUCUGGAUGAGCUGGCCGAGGGUGACGGAGAGAACGUGGCCAUCCUGCCGUCGGGCGAGGGUGGCGUGGCUGCCUCGGGGGCGGACCGCCAGACCACGCCCUUCAUGACCAAGUACGAACGAGCGCGGGUGCUGGGCACGCGAGCCCUCCAGAUCGCCAUGUGCGCGCCCGUCAUGGUGGAGCUGGAGGGAGAGACGGACCCGCUGCAGAUCGCCAUGAAGGAGCUCAAACAGCGCAAGAUCCCCAUCAUCAUCCGGAGGUACCUGCCCGACGGCAGCUACGAGGACUGGGGCAUCGACGAGCUGAUGAUUGUCGAUAACUAGACGUGCGGGCGGAGCGGCCGGCCGCCGCAGUUGCACACCAUUCUCAUAUAUCUGUAUUUUGUGCUAAUACAUUAUCAUCAUGUCCAAU